ACCCCUUUGUAACUCGUUUGUUUCCACCUCAAAACUCAAUAUAACUACUGAAGACAGCUUUGCAAAAAGACCCAAUAAUCGUAUACCCAUGUGCUUUUACGGACCCGUUUCUGUCAUAAAAAAGAUACUGCCUGCAGGGUCGCCAAAAUCCUGUCUGCUGAUCUUAGGACUAGAUAAUGCUGGAAAAUCCACCUUGACAGCGCACCUAGCAGGAUUUUUUAAUGGCGUUCCUAAAGAAUCCAACAAGCAGGCCAGUGAAUGGAGCUUAACAAUCAGUAACUACAAAGUGAAGUUGUGGGAUAUUAACGGGGAACUGAAGAACAGACAAAUCUGGCCGAAUUACUACAACAAAGCAAAGGUCUUGGUAUUCGUAUUGGACAACAAGGAUGCAGUGCGUCUAAGCGAGGCUCGCUGUGUAUUAUGCGAUGUUCUGAUGCACCAGGAGCUUAAUAGGGCUCCGCUGCUCAUAGUGUCCAACAAAACGGACUCUUCGGGAUCUCUGCCAUUAUCCACAGUGAUCGAUUUGAUGGGCCUGGAUCGCUUAGAUGGUCGAGUUUGGGCCAUCAAAGAAUGUUCAACGCAGACAGGCUUUGGUGUUCAGGGCGUUGUGAACUGGAUAACCAAUGAGAUCCGUAGGAAGAAGCAGUGAUUUAUCAUGUUUUACAUAUUUUGAUAUUCUCAAAAAGUAGCCUUAUAUAUUAAAUAAUAUAGAUCAGUCUAUUACAAACUUUAA